UCCAGGCCUACUUUGCUGGAUCUUCCUUAUCUCUUGGCUCCUAGAAGUUGGGGUUACCUGGAGAUCCACCUUAGAUCCAUACCCUACCCAGUCUUUACAGGAGCUCAUGGAACCUCAAGACUGAACAUCUGUCAUACAUUGGCUCCAGUGAGCAACCCUAAUUAACCUGAUUUUUUGCUGAUAAUCACUCUCAAUGGAAUCAAAUCAGAAAUCCGGGGAUGGAUUGAGCGGCACCCAGAAGGAGGCGGCACUCCGCGCACUGGUCCAGCGCACAGGAUAUAGCUUGGUCCAGGAAAAUGGACAAAGAAAAUAUGGUGGUCCUCCACCAGGCUGGGAUGCUACACCUCCAGAAAGGGGCUGUGAGAUUUUUAUUGGAAAACUUCCCCGGGACCUUUUUGAGGAUGAACUCAUACCAUUGUGUGAAAAAAUUGGUAAAAUUUAUGAAAUGAGGAUGAUGAUGGAUUUUAAUGGCAACAACAGAGGCUAUGCAUUUGUAACAUUCUCAAACAAGCAGGAAGCCAAGAAUGCAAUCAAGCAGCUUAAUAAUUAUGAAAUCCGGAAUGGCCGUCUCUUAGGCGUCUGUGCCAGUGUGGACAACUGCCGGUUGUUUGUGGGAGGAAUCCCCAAAACCAAAAAGAGAGAAGAAAUCUUAUCAGAGAUGAAAAAGGUCACAGAAGGAGUUGUUGAUGUCAUCGUCUACCCAAGCGCUGCAGACAAAACCAAAAACCGGGGCUUUGCCUUUGUGGAAUAUGAGAGCCAUCGCGCAGCCGCGAUGGCUAGGAGGAGGCUCCUGCCAGGAAGAAUUCAGUUGUGGGGACAUCCUAUCGCAGUAGACUGGGCAGAGCCUGAGGUCGAAGUUGAUGAAGACACUAUGUCUUCAGUGAAAAUCCUGUAUGUAAGGAACCUCAUGCUGUCUACCUCAGAGGAGAUGAUUGAAAAGGAAUUCAACAGUAUUAAACCAGGUGCUGUGGAACGUGUGAAGAAGAUCCGAGACUAUGCUUUUGUGCAUUUCAGCAACAGAGAAGAUGCAAUUGAAGCCAUGAAAGCUUUAAAUGGCAAGAUGCUGGACGGCUCCCCAAUUGAAGUGACCUUGGCCAAGCCAGUGGACAAGGACAGUUACGUUAGGUACACCCGGGGCACAGGUGGCAGAAACACCAUGCUGCAAGGCGAAUACGCCUACCCUUUGGGCCACAUUUAUGACCCUACCACAGCCUACCUUGGAGCUCCUGUCUUCUAUACCCCCCAAGCCUAUGCAGCCAUUCCAAGUCUUUAUUUCCCAGCUACCAAGGGACAUCUGAGCAACAGGGCUCUCAUCCGAGCCCCUUCUGUCAGAGAAAUUUACAUGAAUGUCCCUGUAGGGGCUGCUGGAGUGAGAGGACUGGGCGGCCGUGGGUAUUUGGCAUACACAGGCCUGGGGCGUGGAUACCAAGUCAAAGGAGACAAGCGAGAAGACAAACUCUAUGACCUUCUGCCUGGGAUGGAGCUCACUCCCAUGAAUACUGUCUCUUUAAAACCGCAAGGAAUUAAACUUGCUCCUCAGAUAUUAGAAGAGAUCUGCCAGAAAAAUAACUGGGGACAACCAGUGUACCAGCUGCAUUCGGCCAUUGGACAAGACCAAAGACAGCUAUUCCUAUACAAAGUAACUAUCCCAGCGCUGGCCAGCCAGAAUCCUGCAAUUCACCCUUUCACACCUCCAAAGCUAAGUGCCUAUGUGGACGAAGCGAAGACGUAUGCCGCAGAGCACAUUCUACAGACACUAGGCAUUCCCACAGAAGGAGGUGACACUGGGACUACAGCGGCCACCACGGCAUCUGCCACUGUGUUCCCAGGAUAUGCUGUCCCCAGUGCCACCGCCCCUGUGUCUGCAGGCCAGCUCAAGCAAGCAGUAACACUUGGACAAGACCUAGCAGCAUAUACAACCUAUGAAGUCUACCCUACUUUUGCAGUGAGCACCCGAGGGGAUGCAUAUGGAGCCUUCUGAAGACCCCUUUCUUCUAAGAAUAAGCCUUACAGAAUGCUCUGUAGAAGAUACAACCCUCUAACCAGAUCUCCUAUGAUCAUAAGUCAUACCUUCCCCCAAAGCAAUGCCUUUCCUGAGACUACAUGACUUACUCUUUGUAUUACUCAUGAAAUGUGAAUAUUAUUCUUCAACCAAAUCAAAGGUUAAGAAGCCUCUUGCUUAACCGAAAUCUGAAGAGCAAAAGUUGUUCUUUCCAGGAUCCUGAGUGCCCG